CUGGGCCUCUGUAACAAAGUCCUCCUCUCUUUGCUCCCUCCCACUUCAUUCACUUGCAAAUCAGUGUGUGCCCACAAGAGCCAGCUCUCCCGAGCCAUAACCUUCCCAUCCCGAGAGCUGCAGUUCCAGCCACAGCAGCAAGAAGCACAGAGCCGGCAACCGUGGCGGAGGCAGGAGCAUCCUGGGCUAGUUGCAGGGUGUCCCCGGGAUCCGGAAGGCGAACAGAGAUACUUUCUGUGCGCCAAGCAAAGUACAUUAAGGAAGAGGGGAGGAAUGAGCCUGGAUCCAGUGCAGUGAAAAGAGGCGCAUUAAGGAAAGGGGAACUCGCUACCCAAAGUCUCGCGUGCCUGCCUUGCCAUCGAUCAUCAUGAGAACUUAUCCGUACUUCUUGCUGCUCUUUUGGGUUGGCCAGCCCUAUCCAACUUCCUCAAGCCCAUUAUCUAAAAGGACUAGUGACUUCCCAGCAAAGAGGAGGGCCCUGGAGCUCUCUGCGAACAGCAGGAAUGAGCUGAGCCGUUCGAAAAGAAGCUGGAUGUGGAAUCAGUUCUUCCUCCUGGAGGAAUACACAGGAUCCGAUUAUCAGUACGUGGGCAAGUUACAUUCAGACCAGGAUAGAGGAGAUGGAUCACUUAAAUAUAUCCUUUCAGGAGAUGGGGCAGGAGAUCUCUUCAUUAUCAAUGAAAACACAGGCGACAUUCAGGCCACGAAGAGACUAGACAGGGAAGAAAAACCCGUUUACAUCCUUCGCGCUCAAGCCAUUAACAGAAGGACAGGGAGACCCGUAGAGCCUGAGUCGGAAUUCAUCAUCAAGAUCCACGACAUCAAUGACAACGAGCCAAUAUUCACCAAGGACGUUUACACAGCCACAGUCCCCGAGAUGGCUGACGUGGGCACGUUUGUAGUCCAGGUCACUGCAACGGAUGCUGACGACCCAACGUAUGGGAACAGCGCUAAAGUUGUCUAUAGCAUCCUGCAAGGACAGCCCUACUUUUCAGUGGAGUCGGAAACAGGUAUCAUCAAGACAGCGCUGCACAACAUGGACCGAGAAAACAGAGAACAGUACCAAGUGGUGAUUCAAGCCAAGGACAUGGGCGGCCAGAUGGGAGGCCUGUCAGGGACCACCACCGUGAACAUCACGCUGACAGAUGUCAAUGACAACCCACCCCGUUUCCCCCAGAGUACGUACCAGUUUAAGACCCCCGAGUCCUCUCCACCGGGCACACCGAUUGGCAGAAUCAAAGCUAGCGAUGCUGAUGUGGGGGAAAAUGCAGAGAUCGAGUACAGCAUCACGGAUGGUGAAGGGCAAGACAUGUUUGAUGUCAUCACCGACCAGGAAACCCAGGAGGGGAUUAUAACCGUCAAGAAGCUCUUGGAUUUCGAAAAGAAGAAAGUGUACACCCUCAAGGUGGAAGCCUCCAAUCCCCACGUUGAGCCCCGAUUUCUCUACCUGGGUCCCUUCAAAGACUCGGCCACCGUGAGAAUCGUGGUAGACGAUGUGGAUGAGCCUCCUGUCUUCAGCAAGCUGGCCUACAUCCUACAAAUACGAGAGGACGCCCAGAUAAACACGACCAUAGGUUCUGUCUCAGCUCAGGAUCCUGACGCUGCCAGGAACCCCGUCAAGUAUUCUGUGGAUAGACAUACCGAUAUGGACCGGAUAUUCAACAUUGAUUCCGGAAAUGGUUCAAUCUUUACAUCGAAACUUCUCGACCGGGAAACACUGCUGUGGCACAACAUCACAGUGAUAGCAACAGAGAUUAAUAAUCCAAAGCAAAGCAGCCGAGUGCCUCUGUACAUUAAAGUUCUUGACGUCAAUGACAACGCCCCAGAGUUUGCUGAGUUCUAUGAGACCUUUGUCUGUGAAAAGGCAAAGGCAGAUCAGCUGAUUCAGACCCUGCAUGCUGUUGACAAGGAUGACCCAUACAGUGGACACCAAUUCUCAUUCUCCUUGGCUCCUGAAGCAGUCAGUGGCUCGAACUUUACCGUACAGGACAACAAAGACAAUACCGCAGGAAUCCUAACUCGGAAAAAUGGCUAUAACAGACACGAGAUGAGCACCUAUCUCCUGCCUGUGGUCAUUUCAGACAACGACUACCCAGUCCAAAGCAGCACUGGGACAGUGACUGUCCGGGUCUGUGCAUGUGACCACCAUGGGAACAUGCAGUCCUGCCACGCCGAGGCCCUCAUCCACCCCACAGGGCUGAGCACAGGGGCUCUGGUGGCCAUCCUUCUGUGCAUCCUGAUCCUACUAGUGACCGUGGUGCUGUUCGCAGCUCUGAGGCGGCAGCGGAAGAAAGAGCCUUUGAUCAUUUCCAAAGAGGACAUCAGAGAUAACAUUGUCAGUUACAACGACGAAGGUGGUGGAGAGGAGGACACCCAGGCCUUUGAUAUCGGAACCCUGAGGAACCCCGAAGCCAUGGAGGACAGCAAAUCGCGCAGGGACAUUGUGCCGGAAGCUCUUUUUCUACCUAGACGGACUCCAACAGCUCGCGACAACACUGAUGUCAGAGAUUUUAUUAACCAAAGGUUAAAGGAAAAUGACACAGACCCCACAGCCCCACCCUACGACUCCUUGGCCACCUAUGCCUACGAGGGCACCGGCUCGGUGGCCGACUCGCUGAGUUCGCUCGAGUCAGUGACCACAGAUGGAGACCAAGAUUAUGACUAUUUGAGUGACUGGGGUCCUCGGUUCAAAAAGCUAGCGGAUAUGUACGGAGGGAUGGACAGUGACAAAGACUCCUAAUCUGUUGCCUUUUUCAUUUUCCUAUUAUGACACUGGAACAUGCGAAGUGGCUAUUUCUUUCUAUUUAUCCACCUUCCCGUGAAAGGGUUCUCUCUUGUACCCGUUCCGAACGUCAAUGGCUGCAGUCUGUGCGGAUCCAAUGUUAGAGACUUUUUUUCUAGUACACUUUUAUGAGCUUCCAAGAGGCAAAUUUUUAUUUUUUAGUUCAUGUAGUUAACCAAGUAAGCCCAGCAGGCCCGCGGGGGAGGAGAGGAGGGAACAGUGGGGUUUUUUUUUUCCUUGUUCUCUUAGGGCAGGUUGGCCACACAUUCCUUACUGCUGGCCUGGACGCUGCUCUUGUUCAUGGCCUCAGGCCAGCUGAAUGCUCCAAGUGUACAUCUCACAUGCUAAGGGGGAAGGGAUCAGACUUUACUGAUAAAAAUAUAGUUUUAGUAUAAAACAAAAACAGAAAAGGAGGGAACAAUUGGGAAAUUUUUCUUGGUCAAUCAACUCUCGAGGGGAUCCUUAGCUACGGAAGGGUUGGUAAGGGUGUGAAGUGCCAUCUGGGGCAUCCUGUCUGCGCUGGAAGAGGUGUUUCUGGCACCAGCUACUCAUAGCAUCAAGUCCUUCCAUAUGGUAAGGUGAUUUGGAGGCAAAUCAAACGGUGAAGUUCAAGUUCAAAGACGGUAGCAAAGAGUAAGGCUGUGUUCCUUGACACUCAUCACCUGUUGCGUGUGACACACCUGGAAGGUCACCAUUGUGCCAAACAAAGGGAACAAGAGAAAUAGCUUUAAACCGUUAACAGAGGAAAUAUUUAGCAAAUUUCAAAGUUUUGGGCCACCAACAUGUCACAGAUUCCUAAUUCUUUCAGCUAUCAGUGAAACUAAUGAGACACAGGUAUAAUCACCCAGAAGUUCUUGCGAGACUUUCCUGAGGCAGACGGUAACUUGUUUUGUCUGUAGUUGCUGUUACUAUUAUUCUGCUAUACCUGAGAGUAGCCGUGUGAAAUACAAUAAUUCAUAGUCUUCAAAUACUUCUUAUAUAAUUAACUCGACUUAGUAAGGUUAGAUUAAAUAUCCUACCCUAGAGUUCAAGGGGAAAGUUAGACCUAGUCACAUCGGAACCUAAUCCCUGCCCUUUGCCUUCGGAGACAUCCUUGUACUUACACUGCAACGAGGGAGUAAAUGAAUGGCACAGAGAUGUCGCUGAGAACCUGCACGCCAUGUUUCUGAAAUGCCCACAAGAGAAGAGCCUGGAUUGCCUUCAGCAAAAAAACAUUUAAGACUCUUGGGAAACUGACAGCCGAUUUCCGAAAGUAGUCUUGUUUCCCCACUGUUCCUAAGUUGGCUUCUGUGGCAAAGCCGCCAUCUUUGUCUUUGAACUGAUGAUAAAGCAAUGGUCUCAACUAAGACAGGAAAGUAAUAUAAAAUCCAUUCAAUCUAUUAUUGCUCUAAUUAUGCAAUUAGACUCUCUUAGUCAGUUAUUAUCCAGGGGACCCAACUUAACCAAGCUUCUGGCAGGUUCAAUUCAUUUAUUUCAUUCGGAUGGUCUAAUGACUGUCAUCAUUAGGGUCUCGCAUUGUGCGGUCAUCAGAAAUGUCCAAAGUACUGUAAUGAAACAUCCUCAUUUGAAGACUUUUCUUAAAAGGCUCUGUAUAUACAUAUAUAAUAUAUACUUAAGAAUGUCCUGAUUCUCUUAUUAGUCAUAGGGAUUUAUUUUAGUUCAUGUUAAUUUUAUAGAGAUAAUCUUAGCAUCAUUUCCAUUUGAGGGUAAUGUUUUAUCAACACAUUUUCUAUUUAGAAACACACUGUUGUUUAGUUGGCUUUUAAAUAGUUUUUACCCAGGAAGUAAAGAUGGCACCUGUAAAAUGGGAGAAAUGUGGAAUUUGGAUUAUGGUUUAAAAAAAAAUUACAACUAUAUUGCCCUUUGUAUUUCCUGAAUGGUUUCUUGUUUGUGAUGAAAUGCCCUGAAGAGUCACGAGUACUUCACGUUUGGGCUAUUCCCAUCUCUGAGGGUUUUCUUUUCCUAAUUCUUCAUAUGCACAUUGAUAUGCAUGCACAAACACACACAGGCACACACACACACACACACACACACACACACCAAAGAAUCCAAACAAUGCUACAUGAUGGCUCACUAAAAUGGGUCAGUAUGCAUUAUAUUCACAGGUAAGUAUUUGAAAGAGCGGGCUCCUAGAUAUAGCAUGAGAACAGCACCUUGCACAAUUGAUUGUAAAAUUAGAGUACUCUAUCUUGUAUCGUAUAUCGUGUGACAAACUGAACCAAGAAACAGUUCUUAAAAAGAAAGGUAUCAUCAAAAGUUGCCCUUUUGAGCUUUUGGUGUGAAAUUUGGUGUGAAAUUUCUAAGAGUUGACAAUAGCAAUUUCCAACGUUUUGGGGAAAAGUUGACCUCUCCCUCCGAGUGCAAGUAUGUACUGAAAGGGAGUCAGGCUACUUGAGAUAUCAUUAGCCAGAGCCUUUUGAUCCCACGCUGGAAAUCACAUAUUGUAUCGAGAGUAGAAAAUAUGACUUGACAUUAAAAUAACUGUUUAAUGUCUUAUCACGAAGACUGUUGGUAAAUCCAAUCUAAAAAAAAAAAAAGGAUUAUUCAAGGUCUAUAGGUGUUAACUUCAGACACUUACCCCUAAGAAUUGUCAAACAAAGAUUGAGAAGCCCAACCAUCUCUCUUUCUCUCUCUGUAAUUUUUUCUUCCCAUCAAAAUUCCAGGUCAAAAGUGUCCUCAUGGACAGAUUCCUUUCUGUGAUAAAUCCUAAGUCAACAUGAAAUUUUGUUCUGGAGAGGAGAAGUAGUUCUCACAUUAUUUGUGUCUUGGUCUUAGACCCAGGCAAUGAGGCUGGCACAGGAGUAGGAGGGGUCCAGAUCUAACGUUUUCUUUGUUGAACACAAGCAGAUCCGUUGGCAGUAAGGGCUGCUCCACGAGCCCUGAUUCCUGGCUAACUUUUUUAAACCUCUUUUCAACAGAAAGUUUAUUCAAACUUCUUCCGCUGUUUCCUAGAAUAAGCUGGGACUUUAAAGAACCGUAAGCCAUUGUGAGUGAGGUUGAAACUCCCUCAGUUUCCAUCCACUUUCUUCAGGAACUCUGAAAACAUUGGUCCUCAAAUAAGUAAAGAAAUCAAAUGAGAAAGAGGCAAGGACAAUCUCCCAAGACCUUAAGAGAGGAAAUCUGGGUGCUGUAAAUACAGCUUCCCUGGUUUUACAUUCUGGAGGUUCAACUGGAGAAUCACUCUAUUUUCAGAUGGAACAAAGCUGGUGAUUUCAUUUUAAUUCAGGAUAAAAAUAUGUGGCUUAGUUCUCAUUUCCACUUCUCAGAGUGUUAUACAAGAACUGACUCUGGAGCUUAGAAGCAUCCAAGUUUUGAGCAGUCAAAAUAAGUCCCUAAUGUUUCCUUUAUAUAAUCUGUGUACUGUGUGUUCCCGAACAGUGUUCUACAUAGAAGACUUUAUCCUGAAGCAAGUAUUUUCUCGAGGAGAAUGAUUUAUAAGAUAUUAACGGGGAAUUCUUAGAUUCUGCAGCCCUGAGCACAUUAUAAGCACAUAGUGAGAAAGAAAAAGCAGAGUUGAUUCCUGGGUGCAAGCUAAAUAUUUGAACGGGGUGCUUGUCCUCAUCAAACCAAUCUCUUGUCCCCAGUUAUACAGCCACCAAAUGAAUUCUCUCAGUCCCUGGUUACUAGGUUUGAAGCAGCAUAAUUACUUUGGAAGAACACACUAAAAAGUCAAAAUCUCUGCCAUUUGGAGGGACAUGUACUAUUUUUAUAAAUCAUUUUAGUGUUAUUUUAAUUUUUACAUUAUCUAGAUGAAACCAGUUUUGAAUUGUCAUAUUGUAGAAGUAGGCUCAAGAUACAGGCAGGUCACUGAAUUUCAAUUAACAAUACACCCUACCUUCUUUAUCAGAUAAGAGGAGAGAAAGCAAUACUUGGUGUGUGAGUCUUCGGGAAGAUGGGCUGUGUCCUAAGCUCGGAGAAGCAUGUUUCUUUUCCACAGAAUGGAAUGGCACGAUGAUCUCACCAGAGUUCAGAGACGAUCAUGGUUGCAGCAUCUUAAAUCUUCCUUUGUUGUCUUCAUGGAACCGUUCUCAAGGGGGAUAAUUCUCUACUAAAAAUACCAGACCCUGACUAUCUUCAACGCAGAGAGCAAGGCCCUCUGAGAAAGCAAAUACAUUGGCUCACACACUUGCCUAAAGUUAGAAAAGAAAUAGCUCAUUCUUAAAGCCAGGAGUUUAUGGUCUCUGCAGCAUCGAUUUAAUUUAAGCAUUGCCGAAGACAAUCUUUAAUCUCCUCAUUUUGCAAUACGUUAUUUAUGAUGCAUUCUCAUUUUUUAAUUUGGGGGAAAUGUUAGCCUGACAGAGCCAGCCGUUGAAGGUGUUAAAGGACGUCAAAGGGAAGCAACGGUUAUUUUACGUGCCAUAUUUCAUAUGGGACUGGGCACUUAGAUGAGGAGACACCAGGUUAUUAGAUUAAUUUCAAAAGACCUUUUACGAGUUGCUUAAUACCAUUGGGGUGGUGGGGGGGGACAUGAACCACAAACCCAAAUUUCCUUUCAAAUGAGGUUAUUUGACAAAUGAGGCAUGGACUCAGUGUUGUAAAAGAAAGCGUCCCACUGUAGUGAGAGCUUCGUCUUUCUUGUGAGGCUAUGCUAUUUAUGUAAAUAUAUCUGAGGCACCUUCUGUAACCUUUUAGUUUUCUAUGAUCUAUUAGUUUAGUGUUUAUUAAAAACAGAAAAAAAACCAUAUGUAGGAUCAUGCAGCAGUCCCGGGGAAUGCUUGUGUAGCAAAUGUCUCAUAGAUCUGCUCAGAAGAACACAGGAACAUGGCAAGCCCACUGUGCUGUUCUGUUUGCAAUUAUUUUCACUGCUUUGAAAGGAGGCUACAUCCGAAUAGGCCUUGUGAUAAAUGCUGUGUGCAUCUUGGGUAAUACCAAACUAAGGCAGUUUGGCAUUCUCUUACUGUGACUUGUGAUUCCUAAAACCAAGAAAAUAAAGGCUUCUGGUACCAACUGUACUUAAUUAAAAAAUAAUUCAAGUACAAAUUGAAGCUUAUGCCAUGCUCGAAGACUGCCUGGAGCCCUCUGUCUGUUUGCAUCUUCAGCAAGAGGAGAGGGUGGAUGAAGACAAUCGGGCUGCAUUCAGUCAACGCAUCUCGCUAGGCAGACCUUAGUAACCUCACCCUUUACAUGACAGGUCUCUGUGUUAGAGGAGAGGGGUGCAAACAGUGACCCUUUAGUGCAGUGUGGCUGGGCCUUGUGUUGUAGUCAAAUGACAGAUAACACACUCCUUGACACGGCUCUGUUUAUUUGGUUUUCUUUUCUUAGUCUUAUAAAUUUGAAAAGAAUGCAACUUGAAAAAGUGAUUUCUCACAAAGAGUAAAUAUGCCUUUUGCAAAUCAAUUUUUGUAACGUUAUUUAUAUGACAUUACUUAAUAAACUGUUUUUUCUAACUUG